AUAAGAGAUCUUUUUUGUGCCAGUCAUUAGAAGCAAUCGUUCGCGAUUAUCUUCAAGAUUAGAUUCAAGGAUUUAAUACACAAGAAUCGCGCGGUUUCCCGCUGAGAAGCGGCGAUUAUCGUGAGAAGCUCGCGGUACUUAUCGCAACUAAAUAUCGCGGUUCAAACGUCACGUUCGAGGUCAGGUGAUCCGGAAAGAUUACGAUCGCGAAGAAAAUCACUCAAUCUCGCGUUGCGCGAAUCCCGAUGUGUUCGAUCACUUGAUGCGGCCUUCACCGGUCUUCGUGCCACAUUGCACGUGCGUGUGACGCGUCUGUUCGUCCGCCGCGUCGCGAUUUUGGGGACACUUGGGAGCGCGUCACGUUCACGAGCGAGACGCGACGCGAGUUUGUGUCCCGCGCGUGCUUUCUCUCGCUUCCGCCUCCUCUCGCGUUAAUCUAAUCUCUCCGUUCGAUCCGAUACCGUUUUGUACAACGGGUUUGGACGCAUGCCACCGUGGAGGCGGCAUCACAGAACGCGAUUUCGAGUUCCUUAACAAGUGGCCGGUGCGUGCGUAUCCUCGUUGAUCACUCAAGGAUGUUGCGGUGGUGUUGCGUGAUCGCAGUGAUGCUACAGUGCUUGGUGCGGGCGGCUCUCGCGAACAACUGCUCCAUCUCGUAUCACUGCGGCGCGUUCCUCACGUGCCCGAUCUACGAGCGUAACGAUAUCUGUCCGUUCAGUAGCAGAAUGCCAGGCCAGCUGCAAGAGGUCAAGGGCAAGCGCGCCACGUUUGGCAUGGGCUGCUUCUGGGCCGGAGAUUCCCUGUUCGGAGCGCUGUCCGGAGUCAUUAGAACUAACGUCGGCUACGCGGGCGGCACCAAACCGUCACCAGCUUACAGAGACCUAGGAGAUCACACAGAAGUCGUCGAUAUUGAAUACGAUCCGGAGACGAUAUCUUACACACACUUGCUCAGCUUGUUUUGGAAUAAUCACGAGUACGGUCUAACGACGAAAAUUAAGAGACAGUACAUGUCGUUGAUCUUGUACCACGACGAGGAGCAAAGGUUGCUGGCUGAAAAAUCUCGCGAACAAGAACAGGAAAAACGAAAGGAAAUCUUUGUCACGGAAAUUAAGAAGUUUACAGAGUUUUACCCGGCGGAAGAUUACCACCAGAAAUAUCGACUGCAGGGUCAUCCGUGGCUGAUCGAGUCCCUCGGCCUCACCGAUUCCGAGGUUUUGCGCACUUCUCCUCUGGCAGCCAAAUUGAACGGCUAUAUCGCCGGUGCUGGCACACUUGAUCAAUUUGAGAGAGAGUUGCCGCACUUGGGACUGAGCGAAAAAGCGGUGCAAUACGUAACAAAAUAUAUUAUCGAGAAUCAAGGUAGCGGUCUGUACUGUUAGCAAAUUUAUAGCGCGAAAAAGACACACAUAUGUCAACUGUCAGACGUAGGCUGAACAAGUUCGAUUUCUUCGCACGAAGAAAACCACACACAGCCUGAUGUUAAUCUAUUGAGAAUAAAUAUACGUCAUAAGUGUUGAUUUAUCUCGAUAGAUAAGCUCGAUAUGCACAGCACAAGUGUAAUUAAACUGCGGAUUAAUUAAAAAGAUAAUGCAAGUGGCAAUGCAAUAUCAAUUAAUGUUGGACGUUAUAAUGUUGGAACAGUGUAAUGAAGUCACCUUGUUACCAGAGAAACAGAGAUAAAUAUAUAUUUUAUAUAUACUUAAUUAAUAUAAACUUUUUACAAAAUUAUAUUAAAGCAAUGUAUAUGAUAAAAGAAAGACAAAAAAAAGUCAAUAAAUAAGUGUUACUAAAACUGAUGA